AAAGAGGAGGAGGAGAGAGGAGGAGGAGGAGGAGGAGGAGGCAGAGCAGUUAAAGCAGGGAUGUCAGGCCGUCCCACUCCCAUUCAGCCCAAACGCAGCAGAGCAGAAAGGAGCUUGAACGCCACGGCGGCUGAUGACUGACCUGAUACCGACUCGUCUGCGUCACACUCUCAUCAUACCAAACCCACAGAGGCGCUGAGGGCUGCAGCCCGGCCAGGCGAUGCUCCUGACAGCAACCUUCUUUGCACCUCCUGAGAGCUCUCCACAAAGGACCUCCUCCGACCGUUUGGCACGCACCUGAUCCCUGUUCUUCAGGAGAAAAAAAAACAAAGAAAUCCGACUCUUGAGCAGAGCAGGUAAAGGAGCCAUCACAACCUGCCUCUACUGCUGAAACUAGACACACCAGACUAAAGUGGCGGCCAUCUUUGGUGCCUGAAGAUGUUGGAGAAAAUCCUUAAGGACAUGUGGGUGGAGCCGGAGUUGCUGGAGGCCCUAAAUGAAGAGCAGAAGAAGAUCCUCUUCCUAAAGAUGAGAGAGGAGCAGGUGCGCCGCUGGACCGAGAGGGAAGAGAGGGAAGAGAAAGAAGGACGGAGCAACACCCAGACCAAGAAAGCUUCAAGUAAACACGUGUCGUGGCUUCUCGGUCGGGAUGGGGACGUGAGCGUCAGCGUGAUAGGAGAGGUGGACGAAUUCAGGUCCUCCAAAAUCCUGCAGAACCUCCAGACCAGACUCCACACUGAUAAUAUGAAUGGCAUCCAGACGGCGGACUUGCUGCCAGGAAGAGAGGCCCAGCAGCUCAGCUUCAAAGACAACGUCAAGCUGCCCCUCGCAGAUGUGAACGAAGAACCGGUUUCGUCGAACGGCCAAUCGUCUGAGGAGGGUUUUAGUGCCGACGGCGACCUGAAAGACCCCGCAAAGGACGGUUGUGUAACAGAGCUCAAGAAGACGUUUGCAGACCAUCCCCACAACACAUCACCUGCCCGCCCCAGACCGCUCAUACCUGACAAACCGGCUCACCUACAGAGGACGGCGCACAGUUGACGGGUGUAGGACUGCAUCCACCCCGCUGCAAGACGACACUCGACCCUCAGAGAGCCAAAGGUUACAUUACUGAGCGUGCUCAGCUCCACGCAAGCGCCACAGCUCGCUUAGGAAAAAGGCCAAAGCAUCGAUGAACUGAACAUCACUGCACGAUUUGAUGUUUAGAUCUGACCUGAACAGCAAAACCAAAGAGAUUCCAGAUGAAAUUUGAGCUCAAACAUAGUUUGUCACUUGCAGAGACACAAAAGCUUUGGUUAAAAAAGUAAAUUUACCACUCAAAUGCCACAAGAAACUGUUUUUCUUCAACCGAAACAAAUGUGAACUGAAUAAAUCAUCCUGCUCCCCCCUGUA